UCCCUUUCUGCUUUUACCGCGCAGACCGAAACUACGGAUGCCGUUCCCCGGCGGCUUAUGGUGGCUGCUGUGCUGCAGGCAAGGCUUCACCUUGCUGCGACGCGACUACUGUGAGGCAAGCAAGGGGGUGGCCGGUGAAGAAGAAGUUGAAGAAACCUUUGAAUUACGCAGGCAAGGCGAUGAGGACUCUAUCUUGCAAGUGAACCUCACUCAACCCAGUUGUGCUAGCAGUUGUUCCGAAAGGUCUUUGCCAGUGACUGAAGAGACACACAGUCUUAUCACAGAGAACUGUGGAAGGAUGCAAUAUGAACCUGAUGCUAUUGUGAAAGGCUGGCUGCAGAGAGAGGUCCGAGGAGGUAUUAAAACUCCCUGGCUGCGUCCUCGCAAAUACUGGUUUGUGUUGACAGAAGAUUCCCUAGACUACUACAGCGGGUGUGAGGUGAGCGCCCAACGCCUUGGAUCCCUUGUUCUCACUAGCCUCUGCUCUGUGCUGUGGCCUGACAAGCAAACCUAUAAGGAAACAGGCUACUGGGCAGUGACAGUUUUUGGCAGAAAGCACUGCUACCGACUCUAUACAGAACACUUAAAUGAAGCUGUACACUGGGUUUGUGCUUUGCAGAAGGUUAUCAUCAGCAAGGCCCCUUUGCAGACCCCCACACAACUCCUCAUGCGUGACAUUGAGGAGAACCGCGACAGCCCAGAAAUCUUGGAUCAAAUUUAUCGCAAUAAUCCCAUCCUAUGUUAUACAGCUGGCCCAAUUUAUGCACCUCUUCUGCCCUUCCCUUAUGCAGCUCAGGGUGGCCAAGGGUAUGCAGGGCUUCGUGAUGAAGCUGUCAAACUCUUCCAUUCACUACAACAGCUUGAAGAAAUGCGAGAUCCAAUCCUUCUCAUGCAGGGGGUGCUGCAAACUUGCCAUGACCUUCCAGCCCUGGUGGAUGAAAUAUUCUGCCAACUGGUGAAACAGACAACAGAGCCACCUAUUACAGGGGCACCCACAGAUUUGCGCUAUUGGCAGCUGCUUGUGUGCAUGAGCUACACAUUUAUACCUUCUGUGCCUAUACUCUGCUAUUUGCAUCUGCAUCUACAGCGGAUGGAGAAAUUGUUCCCAAGAUCACCAGUGACCCACUAUGGACAUUUAAUCACACAAGCUCUGCACAAAAGCAAAGGGCGGGAGUGUGUGCCCUCCUUGGAUGAGAUUGUAGCACUAAUAGGAAGCCAGGAAAUCCCACACUCCACGCAUUGUGCUGGUACUACCACCUGUUAUGUGGCCAUCACAUCUAAUGCUACAGCCCAGAAGAUGAAGACAAUUCUGCAGCAUCAACAGACAAGCAUGUUCAGCUUCAAGAACUCCCAGUAAUCACACGAACAGGGAAAUAUUCCCCAAAAUGCCAGUGGUAGAAUUUUGAGUUGACUCCUAUGUAUCCUGGCAAGAAUCUUGGAUCAGCAUAUAUUCUGGUCAUUGAAAGGAAUAAUAGUGAUAUUGUUCGCUCCUAAGGAGCUGAUAAACUAUGUCUUCUAUAUCAGUGGCCCCC